AGCAGUAGCGCUCCGUGGGGGACAUCAACAUCAGCCUCGACGGUUCGGUCAUCUACUCCUACCACCACGACUCCCCGCAAAAGUGAUGAGCGAGCAACUUUGGCAAGCACCAGGCCAACUGGAAGGCAGGCCCCAUCAGAGCCAAGAGCAUGCCGAAGAAGGCGGCGGCGUAUAGUGCCAAGACAAAUACCCCCAUAAGAGUAAAGGCGGAGAAGCAAAUUCCACCUUUCAAGAUCACCUCCCUCCCCCAAAAAUUUCAAAUCGUAGUACAUAUAACGUGAGGGACAAAACAAGUAAAGGGAUGCUUGGUGAUGAAAAUUUUGAAUUGUAUAUGGAGGAUCUUUGGAUGGGCAUACAUCCGGAAAAGAAGAGUGACUAUGCGUACCUGGAUUCGUUGUGGUUUGAUAUGUACAUCAUUGGGAAACAUAAAUCAAAAGUCCUUAAAUGGGUAAAAGGGGACAUUGGAGCCUCCUUGUGUUGUGUAAUUUUGGCGAGACUAACUACUUGGGUACUCCAAAGGGGCCACGCAUGCUACUGUUGGAUUCACUUAGAACAACACAACCAAAGAGGUUGCCAUCCGUCAUCUACAGCUUCAUUAUUGAUAUUUUAAAAACAGAAGAGCGGGAAGAGAUAGGGCAGUUCACAAAUCAAGUCCAGCUUGAGUUUCCUGAGGUUCCACGGCAAAGUGGAAAUGAUUGUGGUAUAUAUGUUCUGUAUUUUAUAUACUGUUUUCUCAAAAUCGAAAAACUGGGAGAAGAUUUGAGCCAGCUGGGUGCAUUGUUCGACCCAGAGGUACUACAGAACCUGGAGGACAUCCGCAAGGCUAUUCUUUUAUACCAAGAGAAACAGGAUGCCACUAUUACAGAGUAGGUCAUAUGGCAAGAUUGAAUCAAGUAAACUGUACACAUACUUGUUAUUGGGUAACAGUCAAGAAGAAGCUUCAGUGGUAGUCGGCCCAUAGUUCUUCAUACCGAAUCUAGAAACGUUUCCAGUCGUUCAAUAAAAUCUAAGAUACCAUUUGCAUUUGAUAUAUUUAUUUUGCAGUUCAGCAUUACCAACUUAUAUUAUUUGGAUCACAUGUGAUCGAGUAUAACUGUCCUUUUGAAUAAUUAUUACCAGGGGUAAUUCUUGUCCAGAUAAUUUCUCUUGGGGCAUUUGUUCUGUCUAGAUGCUUCCCGUUCUGGAUGAAUAAUGUGCACCA